GAGCUUUUGGGACCUUGGAGGUCUAAUUACUAUAUUAUGGACCGUAAUUUUGAGUCGGCAAAGCAUGGAUACUUAGCCAACUCCUAUCUUGAGGUCUGCGAGGCAGAAGUAGCUCCUAUUUUUCAGGAGCUUAAUAACGGAUACUUAUUUAUACAAGACAAUGCUUCUAUUUAUCGGGUAUACUUAGUUCAAUCUUGGUUUAGGGCCCAUAGGAUUAUACAGAUAGUAAAUUGGCCUGCUUACUCCCCCGAUCUUAACUUGAUUGAGCAUAUCUGGUGGCACUUGAAAGUACGGGUCUAUGAGAUGUUUCUAGAGGUAGCUGCGGACCUGUCCAAAUCAAAGUAUGCGAGGCAGAGGCCAGUGUCUUGUAUUUAA